AUGGUUCGUCACGACCCUCACGCCAACCACCCCGUCGGCCUCCUCGUCGAGCCAAACUCGGACGGCUACGUCGUCCGCCGCUUCCCCCACGACCACACAAAUCUCUACGGCGAGAACCCAACCGACCUAGAACUCCCCGGCUCCCACGGGCCCCUCAACCUCGUCCACGUACGCUGCCACAACGCCCUCACCCGGACCACCCUCGCCAACACCAACAUCACGGUCCGCACCAUCCAAUUCGGAGACGACGACGACGACAAGCCCGCGGCGGCUCUCUCCCACCACACUGACUCCCUCGUCAUCGCCGUCCACGGCGUCUGCCCGCCCCAGAACAGUCCCGAUCAGCCGCCCACCAAGUCCGCCGUCGGCGUCCACCUCGGCCCCGGCAACCCGCUCAACCGCGCCUGCCGCAUCCCCGACGCCAAAGACCGGGGCCACGUCAUGAAGGACACGGACGGCAGCGACGGCCGCGACCGCCCGCAGCACACGCAGCAGCGCGCGGACCUCUACGCCGCCAUUGUGGGCUUGAUGGAGGCGACGACGAUUGCCACCAAGGGACUGCCCACCAUGCGGUCGCUGUCGCGGCGGUCGCAGCCGUCAUUCAAGUUGCACCACGUCGUCGUCAAGAGCGACUCGGCGUAUCUCGUCGAGGGUGUCGCGGGCGGCAGGAACGGCGAGCCGCCGCACAUGAAGAAGUGGCUCGCCAACGGGUGGAAGAACACAAAGGGCGAAAAGGUCAAGAACGAGGAUCUGUGGGAUAAUUUGAUGCUCACCAUGAUGUCGCUGGGCCAGGCGGGCGUGGCGGUGGAGUUUUGGCAGGUGCCGAAGAAGGAGAAUAAGGAGGCGGACCGGCUCGCAAAGGCUGCCCUCGAGCAGGAGGUAAAUUUCUUUGACGAGAAGAGUAUCUUUGGUAAGGAGAUAGGUAAGGACGCUGAUGCGGGCAAGCCAAGUGCGGCUGGUGAUGAGUUGGUUGCGAUGGAAUGA